CAAAAUCACAAAGCCUACGCAAAACCCUAAACCUAGACAAUCGAAUUCUUUUCAACUCUGAAAAAAAAAAUUCCCUAAUUGACAAUUCUUUGCUAAACCCUAAUCCCCAAUUUCAAAAUAUGCUAAACCCUAAUUCCCCAAAAUCCAAAUUCAAAGCACCAUGGCCGAGGGACGUUCUGAGCGAAGGCGUGCCAGAGGCGAAUGUAUCCAGGAUACGAUCGAUCGCUUGGGAUGGAUAUUCUAUGAGGUCACCAACUGGAAGAAUGAAUUGCUAUGGUAUCAAUCGGCGCCUAUCCUCCAAAAGUUGAAUAGGGAUGUGUUAGAUGAAGUGGCAUUUAGAUGGGCUAACAAUAUGGUUGUACCUCCCUGGGAUACAUAUACUGUGAAAGUCAGGGAUAACAAAGCCUAUAUUCCGAGACAAGGCUCUCGAAACUAUUCUUGGAACUACACAAUUCGGUAUCGGGAUUUCAUUCUUUCUGUUUAUGGCCCUGUGGCAGAUAAUAGGCUUCUUGAUGAUUUUUGUAGAAGGCUGAGUGACCCAACCCUCACACUGUAAGUUUCUUGUGCCCUU